UAUUCACACAUAUCAAAUGUUUGUCUUCUUAGCUACCAAAUGGAGCUCAGAUGGACCUGAGAUAACACCCGCUGCCAGUCUACCUCGCAUCCUGGUCUUCUUCUGGACCCGAAACCCCAGAAUGGCAGAUCCCACCAGGCUAAGCUCAGAGCCGGUGGGGACCGGCAGUGCCGAAGUCAACGCCUGUAGCUUGGAGAUUGAGAGGAAGUAUGACAUCAUCCCAGCUGUCAUCUGCUCCAUGUGUUGCCUCUUUGGCAUCAUUUACUGCUUCUUUGGUUACCGUUGCUUCAAGGCGGUCAUGUUCCUGUCCGGUCUGAUGUUCGGCUCUGUUAUCAUCUUCCUGCUGUGCCACAAGGAGCACGUGCUGGACACUCAGCUCAGCGUGGAGGCCAGCGCCGGCAUCGGCCUCGGUAUCGGCCUGCUCUGCGGCCUGGUCACCAUGAUGGUGCGCAGCGUGGGCCUCUUCAUGACGGGCCUCCUGCUGGGCCUUCUCUUGGCUCUGGCCGCCCUGCUGCUCACUCUGCAGUUCUACACGCCCACCACGGUGUGGGUGCCCCUGGGCGCCUUGCUAGGAUCGGGGAUGCUAUUCGCCGUUUUGACGCUCCAGUGGCAGAAGUUGUUCACCGUCCUCUCCACGGCAGUGUUCGGCGCCGCCAUCAUGACGGUGUGCGCCGACUACUUUGUGGAGAUGCUGGCUUUGGCCUCGCACGUGUACGGCUGCCUGCGUCUUUCGCCGGGUCCGCCGCUCUGCUGGUACAGUUUGGUCAUUCUGGGCAUCUGGCCCACCCUCAGCCUCCUCGGAGUCCUGGUCCAGUGGAAACUGACGGACGGCAGGUUCUCCCACACCGAGGUGGUUUUAAGUCGGCGUCAGAAGAGAGUACAGCUGAUGCGCAUUCGAGAGAAGGACGCCAGGAAGCGACAGCAGGCAGGUGGGCAGGAAGGCACAUACCGCCGUAAAGCCACCCCAGUGAAACGUUACGCUGGGGACCUUCUGGCACCGAGCUACCUGCAAAGUCUGCGGGACAGACAAAUGGGCACCGGGACUUCCCUUAGUAGCCAGAGCACCACCAACCACACUAUGAUUGACUUGGACUGUGACACGGGCUCCACGGUGCCCCUCACAACGACAACUCCCGUCGUCAGGGUCUGAGCAAACUAUUUUUAAAAGAGGAGAGAAGAAAAAGGGACAUUCUGGUUCCGUUACGUGCUUGUGUUGUUCUGAAGAACUUGUGAGAAUGUUUUGUUGUUGAUCUGCAUGUGAAUAGAGGAUUACCAGUGGAGAGGGAUGCUGCUUUUUUUUUUUUUUAAAUUGGGAAUGAAGAACAUUGAACGCCACUAGAACUGCGGUGCUUCUUAGAGGAACAAGACACAAGCCACAGAAGGUUCUCUUGUUUCUCCCAUCGUGCAUUGACCACAUAACAGAGCCUGUGGUGCAUUUCUAUCAGCUAGUAAAUCUGACAUGUACUGUACUUCAAAAGUUAAGUUGCAUUGCCUUCAAGUGUUGCGUUGUUACCGUUUCUCAUUGAAGGACGUGUGAUGUUUUUUUUUUUAUUACCUUUUAGCUGCAAUAUGUCAUAGUGAAGCAAAAACUCAUUGGUGAUUGCGUUAAAGCCUUUUUUCUUUUAGUUGCACUCAGAUUUUUUUUUGUGAAGUUUUAGUCUGCGUGUGCUUGUCAAACGUUAUAAUUUAUUUGUCAUACAACCAAGUACAAGGUAGUGAUGUUUUUUAAAAAGUGUUUUUGAUUGGUAGCAGUCAUUAUCCUGUUUGACUUUAGCCGGGACAUUUCAACGUUUUUUUUUCUUCCUAAUUGUGUACAUACAUGUUGAUAGAAAAGAAUAAACUACAUGUUUAAUACUUA